CCCCCGCACACCAUGUUGUGCAGAAGGACUUCCACUCCCUGCCUGUGUCGUUGAUGUCAGACCUCAGACCAGCCUUCGGGCGCUGCAGUUCUCCCGGCUAAUGCUGAGGCUGCGGCUCAGGCUCUAGCGCAGGAACCAGAAGCUGCUGCGCCUGGCCCCAGCGACCACCUUCUGCAUGUGCCCAUCGUAGCUGCCAGCCCAGUCCAAAGCCCGAAGCCCGCGCUUUCCGGAGCGCUGGAGACCACCGCGGGGGUCCCUUUCUGCCCUUGGGAGAAGCAGUCUUGGAGGUAUUGAUUUCGGUGGUUGGAUUUUCCCCGUGGAUCUACAAUUUCAUAAUUUGAAUUUGGAAGAAAGAAGGAAAAAUGACGUCUCCAGCCAAAUUCAAAAAGGAUAAGGAGAUCAUAGCGGAGUAUGAUACUCAGGUCAAAGAAAUCCGUGCUCAGCUCACAGAGCAAAUGAAAUGCUUAGACCAGCAGUGUGAGCUUCGGGUGCAGUUGUUGCAGGAUCUCCAGGAUUUCUUCCGGAAAAAGGCUGAAAUUGAGAUGGAUUAUUCCCGCAACCUGGAAAAGCUGGCAGAGCGCUUUUUGGCCAAGACACGCAGCACCAAGGACCAGCAAUUCAAGAAGGAUCAGAAUGUUCUUUCUCCCGUCAACUGCUGGAAUCUCCUCUUAAAUCAGGUGAAGCGGGAAAGCAGGGAUCACACCACACUGAGUGACAUCUACCUGAAUAAUAUUAUUCCCCGAUUUGUCCAAGUCAGCGAGGACUCAGGAAGACUUUUUAAAAAGAGUAAAGAAGUUGGCCAGCAGCUCCAAGAUGAUUUGAUGAAGGUCCUGAAUGAGCUUUACUCAGUCAUGAAGACAUAUCAUAUGUACAAUGCUGAUAGCAUCAGUGCUCAGAGCAAACUAAAAGAAGCAGAAAAACAGGAAGAGAAGCAAAUUGGCAAAUCAGUAAAACAGGAGGAUCGGCAGACCCCACGCUCUCCUGACUCCACAUCUAAUGUACGCAUUGAGGAAAAGCAUGUUCGAAGGAGCUCAGUAAAGAAGAUUGAGAAAAUGAAAGAGAAGCGCCAAGCCAAAUACACAGAGAAUAAACUGAAGGCCAUUAAAGCUCGGAACGAGUACUUACUGGCUUUGGAGGCAACCAAUGCAUCUGUCUUCAAGUACUAUAUCCAUGAUCUGUCUGACCUUAUUGAUCAGUGUUGUGAUUUAGGUUACCAUGCUAGCCUUAAUCGGGCACUACGUACCUUCCUUUCUGCUGAGUUAAAUCUGGAACAGUCAAAGCAUGAGGGUCUGGAUGCCAUUGAGAAUGCUGUAGAAAAUCUGGAUGCCAUCAGUGAUAAGCAACGCCUUAUGGAGAUGUACAACAACGUCUUCUGCCCACCUAUGAAGUUUGAGUUCCAGCCUCACAUGGGAGACAUGGCUUCCCAGCUCUGUGCUCAGCAACCUGUCCAGAGUGAGCUGGUACAGAGAUGCCAACAACUGCAGUCUCGUUUAUCCACCCUAAAGAUUGAGAAUGAAGAGGUAAAGAAGACAAUGGAGGCCACUUUGCAGACUAUUCAAGACAUUGUAACAGUUGAGGAUUUUGAUGUGUCUGACUGCUUUCAAUACAGCAAUUCUAUGGAGUCAGUCAAGUCCACAGUCUCAGAAACGUUCAUGAGCAAGCCCAGCAUCGCCAAGAGGAGAGCCAACCAACAGGAGACAGAGCAGUUCUAUUUUACGAAAAUGAAGGAAUACCUCGAGGGCAGAAACCUCAUCACCAAAUUACAGGCCAAGCACGAUCUUCUCCAGAAAACUCUGGGGGAAAGUCAGCGGACAGAUUGCAGUCUGGCCAGGCGUAGCUCAACUGUGAGAAAGCAGGAUUCCAGCCAAGCAAUUCCUCUGGUGGUGGAAAGCUGUAUUCGGUUUAUCAGCAGACAUGGUCUACAGCAUGAGGGAAUUUUUCGUGUAUCAGGAUCACAGGUGGAAGUAAAUGACAUCAAAAAUGCUUUUGAAAGAGGAGAAGACCCCCUAGCUGGGGACCAGAAUGACCAUGACAUGGAUUCUAUUGCUGGCGUCUUGAAGCUGUACUUCAGGGGGCUGGAGCACCCUCUCUUUCCUAAGGACAUCUUUCAUGACCUGAUGACCUGUGUUACAAUGGAUAAUCUGCAGGACAGAGCACUGCAUAUCAGGAAAGCCCUUCUGACCCUGCCCAGAAUCACUCUGAUCAUCAUGAGAUACCUCUUUGCCUUCCUCAAUCAUUUAUCACAGUUCAGUGAAGAGAACAUGAUGGACCCCUACAACCUUGCCAUCUGCUUCGGGCCCUCACUGAUGUCAGUGCCCGAAGGCCAUGACCAGGUGUCCUGCCAAGCCCAUGUGAAUGAGCUGAUCAAAACCAUCAUCAUCCAACAUGAGAACAUCUUCCCAAACCCCAGGGAGCUGGAAGGCCCUGUCUACAGCAGAGGAGGAAGCACGGAGGAUUACUGUGAUAGCCCUCAUGGAGAGACUACCUCGGCUGAAGAUUCCACUCAGGAUGUGACAGCAGAGCACCACACAAGUGAUGAUGAGUGUGAACCCAUCGAAGCCAUUGCCAAGUUUGACUACGUGGGUCGAACAGCUCGAGAGCUAUCCUUCAAGAAGGGGGCAUCCCUACUGCUUUACCAGCGGGCUUCGGAUGACUGGUGGGAAGGUCGACACAAUGGCAUUGACGGACUCAUUCCCCAUCAGUACAUCGUGGUCCAAGACACCGAGGAUGGUGUCAUGGAGAGGUCCAGCCCCAAGUCUGAAAUUGAGGUUAUUUCUGAGCCACCUGAAGAAAAGGUGACAGCCAGAGCGGGGGCCAGCUGUCCCAGUGGGGGGCAUGUAGCUGAUAUUUAUCUUGCAAACAUCAACAAGCAAAGAAAGCGACCAGAAUCAGGGAGCAUCCGGAAAACAUUUCGGAGUGACAGCCAUGGGCUGAGCAGUUCCCUGUCUGACUCUGCCUCCCCGGGGCCUAGCUGCCGUCCAUCUUCCCAGCCCAUCAUGAGCCAGAGUCUCCCCAAGGAAGGGCCAGAUAAGUGUUCCAUCAGUGGGCAUGGGAGUCUCAACUCCAUCAGCCGCCACUCAUCCCUGAAGAAUCGGCUUGACAGUCCCCAGAUCCGGAAGACAGUAACAGCAGGAAGGUCAAAAAGCUUCAAUAAUCACCGACCUGUGGACCCUGAGGUCAUUGCACAGGAUAUUGAGGCAACUAUGAACUCUGCCUUGAAUGAGCUGCGGGAGCUAGAGCGGCAGAGCAAUGUUAAGCACACUCCUGAUGUGGUUCUGGACACUUUGGAGCCCCUCAAAACCUCCCCUGUGGUGGCUCCCACCUCAGAGCCUUCCAGCCCCCUGCACACCCAGCUUCUCAAGGACCCCGAGCCCUUCCAGCGAAGUGCCAGUACUGCUGGGGACAUCGCCUGCGCCUUCCGGCCUGUUAAGUCUGUCAAGAUGGCUGCUCCAAUGAAGCCACCAGCCACACGACCCAAGCCCACUGUCUUCCCCAAAACAAAUGCCACUAGUCCUGGUGUCAGCUCAUCAGCUUCCCCACAGUCUUCCGACAAAUCUUGUACUGUCUGAGAGAUAUAUAAUUUAAUUGUUCUAAGCAAGGAGACUGAAGGGACUGACUGUUAUUAAAAAUUUCCUAUUUAACUAGGUUGGGGGCUUCAGUUGAAAGUUAGAUUCUCAGUUGUCCUUGCCUUCUUCUGUCACCCAAAAUCUUGAGAAUGAAACCCUUGUUAUUUCCCUGCCUUGCCCUUCCCAGUGUCUUUUUGCCCCCCCCCCCCCACCAUCUUAUCCCAGCCCACUACAUUACAUACUCUUCCUAGGUUAGCCAGAGAUAGCUUUUUCAUUAUCAAGUCACUGUGAAAUCUGGCAAGGCAAGCCUUUGGGAGAUGGGCCCAGUCUCAAUCCCCUCAGACACAAGGGGCUGCCUAACCAGAUAGUUAGCUACUGACACCAAGCUCCCAGUGGCACCUUUUUUUGGGUACUGAUUGUAGAGAAUAAUAGACCGACCAUUCUUUGCUUUACCUACACACACAUAUACAUAUAUGGAUUUUUCUCAUCUCUGGCCUGGUCUUAGACCAAUCAUUUUGUAAGUUAUUGUGGCAAUUCAGACAGGAGCCACCAGAGGUCUCUGUUUCCAUUCUAAACCUUGUUCAGACUUGGCCAGAAAAUCUAGCCUUUGAUAUCUUUCCAAUACAUGAAAUUUAGCAGGAUGAGACUCAUUCUACAAUCUUUGGGGACUGGGAGCUUACUUUCUGUCUUCUUUAUAUUGGUAUGAAUUGGUCACUAGUGUUUGCUUUGGCUCUCCUCCGUCCUCUAGAACUACAACCCAAUCUAGUUUUUCUGAAUGUAUAGGCACUUCUAGGAUUCCUAUCUUUGUACCCGAUAGAUCAUUUUCCAUUGAAGACAUUUUCCGGUAUAAGGUCAUUUUGUAGUUCAUUCCUUUAGGAUAAAGAAUCAUACGAGAGUUGUAUUUAUGGCAGGUUUGGAAAAGGCAAAAAAAAAAAAAAUGGGUCCUUUCUCUCCCACUUUUUGUGUGCACUUAAGACAGCAUCAAAAUUGUUAGCAAAUGAAAACACCUGAAGCCCAUUUGUUCUUCUACAAGGACUCUGCUGGGACCAGUGGGGGCUCAGAGAACACUAGUUAAAUUAGAGGUUUCCAGAUAUCUUUGGCCUACUGCCCCUUUUCAGGAAAAAAAUAAAUUACUCAGUAACACUCCCCUGGAAACCUACCUUCAGUGAACAAGUAGAAAGCCCCCCACAACUGUAGUAGAGGUGACUACCAACCUUCAUGGAUUGUGCCAGCACCCACAGGGAACAGUAUUGCCCACACUGGAAAACACUGAGUUGUAGUAGAGAAAGACACUGCACUUUAAAAACCAGUUAUCCUGGGCUAGAGCAAUAGUGGAUAGUGGAUAAGGUGCUUACACGUGACCAACCUGGAUUUAAUCCAUGGCAUACUAUAUGAUCCUCUGAGCCCUCCAGGAGUGAACCCUGAGUGCAGAACUAAGAAUAAGCCCUAGACACCACCAGGUGUGUGUUCGCUCAAGAAAAAUUGGUUUUCCUUUAUUCAAACAAGGACAACUAAGGAAACUUGGGCCCCAAAGGCUCAGAAAUCUCCUAAAGCUGGAAUUUGGAGAAAAUUUAAAUUGCGUGCUAAUUUUUUUUUCCUCCCCCUCAAAGAGCAAAAAUGUAUUCUGAUCUCCAAAUUUGAUUCCAUCUCCGAGGAGCACCACAGCGUGAACAGUAUCUGAAGUCCACGGGUAAUAAAGCAGUUUUGAGUUAAAGUCGAAACUCAUUAUUUGUCCUAGUUUGCUGGCUUAAAAGCUACCCUUUUUGCCUCCUUAUUUUGUACUACUAAAAAGAGAUGGUGAGUUGCUAUUCAAAUAGGAAAAUGUGGAUUUUCUUUAGCAUAGUAGAUCCUUUAUGAACCAAUAUUUUGAAGUCAUCAGUUGGUUCAAUGAAAAAUGGUAAAGUUUUUCUUUCUACAUGGAGAAAA